AUGACCAACGCAGACACUCCACAGAUUCGCGACGGCAACAACGUCAACCAAGGAAAAGUGAGGUCUUUUUUGUCCAAUGCGCUACUCUACGUGUUCCUAGCGCUCGUGGUCAUCAACAUCUUUGGAAAGGCGCCGAUGGUCCCCGUGGAGAGCACGAGGUCAGUGCAAACUCAGGCGCCAGCUCUGACGUCCACGUUGUCCAGUUUGCGUCCGCUUGCUCGACAUGGGGAGCGCUUCAGCAUCGUAGUUGAAACGCAGCCACCCCUGUUCGAGCCUCUCAAAUUCGAGAAUCUUUUUUUCGAUCACGAUGCGUUGGCGGCGGCCAACCGUAGCGUAACAAUCCCCGUCAAUCUGAAGCCGUGCGUAGCCGUCAACUGUACAGUAACUCUGAGAGUCCAGUGGUCUCUGCGCAACUACACAUUUUCAUCAACAGCGCCGCUUGUACGUUUUUUCCACGAUGCUGCUGUGCCGAAGAAGUAUCUCUUUGGAAAUGACAACGAGGGUGAGAGCGCGAUCGUGGCGGUGCCUAACAGCAGUGCGUACAAACAGUACUUCCAGCCGGAGGUGACACUGAGCCCUGUCGUCUUCUUCGAUUACCCUCUUCCGGACCCCUGCUUUGAGUUCACUCCUGUGGUAGAGUCGCAGCCCGGCUUCUACGGCCCUUCGCUUUACAUCAAUAACUUCUGGGUGCUGCGCGAGCACCAUGUGAAGCUGAAUGCAAGCAGCGCAUCACAGCCGCUCAACUUCACUGUGCACCUCACUCCACUUCCGCGAUGGAAGGCGCUUCUAUACACCCAGUUCGAAAUGUCGAUGGCGACGCAGGCGGCUUUCGGCCUUUCGAAGGCCUCCGAGGCGGAGACGACAAAAAGGAUGCUGUUAGAUGUGAGCACAAAGAAUCCACUCCUCCUCAUUGUCACAGCGAUUGUGACGCUUCUGCACUCCGUGUUCGAGUUUCUCGCCUUCUCCAACGAUGUGAAGUUCUGGAAGGGCCGUAAGGACUUUCGGGGUCUCUCUGUCCGGAGCAUCGUCAUCAACUGCUACUUUCAGUCCAUCAUUUUCCUCUACCUCCUCGAGAACAGCGAAACUUCGUGGGCCGUGCUCGUACCAUCUGGAAUGGGCGCGCUCAUGGAGUAUUGGAAGCUUGCAAAGACGCUGAAGAUCGUAAAAGUCGAGACUCAAGUCACGACCGUCGCCGAAGCACAGGGGGCUGCGAGGGAAUCGGCGAGAAAGAAGGGAAUAUGGAGGAUUUCCGGGUAUGACAUCGGCUUUAAUGACUCGUACGAUUCCAGGACGCAGAAGCACGACGACGUGGCGGUCCGGUAUCUCAUCUACGCGAUGAUUCCGCUCCUGAGCGGCUACGCUGUGUACUCAGCUUUGUACAAAACACAUCGCAACUGGUACUCUUUCCUCAUCUCCACGCAGGUUCAGUUCAUCUAUAGCUUUGGCUUUGCGCAGAUGACCCCUCAGAUUUUCAUCAACUACAAAAUGAAGAGCGUUGGUCAGCUUCCGUGGCGCACGUUCAUCUACAAAUCCCUCAACACCGUCAUCGACGACCUCUUUGCUUUUGUCAUUAAGAUGCCAUGGCUGCAUCGACUUGCCUGCUUUCAAGACGAUAUUGUAUUUGCCAUUCUUCUGUACCAGCGCUGGAUUUACCCCGUUGAUAUGUCUCGCUUCGACGGAGACAGCGGCACAGAUGCGGCAGAGGAAGCCGUUCCUGGAGUAGAGGCUGCCGAGGCAGAGAAGAAGAAUCAGUAG